ACGCGGAGAGAGUUUAAACACGUUGGUCAUUUCAAGCAUUAAACUGCGCACGGCGCAGUCCGUUCAGUAAAAAAAGAAAAAACCAUGUUAACUUGGCCAAAAAGGAAACAAAAAAAAUCCAUCAAAUAAGAUAGAAUUUUGACAAAGGUAUUCAUCCAUUCAGCUUUUCAGCCAUCCCUGCAAUAAAGUGUUUAAUUAUUUAUUGAAGUUACAAAGGAAAUGAAAAAAUAAACCCCUCCACAUUUGGUAACACUGAAAACAUCUACGGAAAAAUAAGGAAAUUUUGUGAUUGCAUGGAAUAAAUCAUUGGCGUGUUUUUUUGGUUUCUUCUACUUCUUUGGGAUGUGUUAAUGCAACGAAGCUGAAACUGCCUUUGUUUUGUACUGCAACAAAGAAAAGGAAAUACCAUUUUUAUGAUUAACUUUUGCACCCUCUGCAAAUGUUGCUACAAAUAAGGAAUUUGUAGGAUUCUACAUACAAUACCGAUUCCAGAAAACUAAUGACAAAAAAGAAAAAUGGAAUUGAGUAAUUUUGGUGCAACGAAAAAAAUGUCUCGCGAGGAAAGGCGUUACUCAGUGCCACAUGGUCCAAAUUCUCCACUGCCACAUGCGGCUUCCGAAGACUUGCAUGCAUGGUCAAUAUACAGGCAAAAUCUAAAUUCAGAUUUUACCGACUCAGCUUUGGGCUCCUCUGACAAAUCACCGCUGCCAUAUGGAAAUUUUCAGUUACGCGAUUCCACAGUACAAUCAAUACUCAAUCAUCCGCGGUAUGGUCCCAAAUCACCUUUGGGCUCUAAUAUGUAUACAUAUCUGAAAUUUGGUUUGCCUCGCGUUUUCCCCCCCAAUGCGGGGUCACAGCGUUCCCAUCGACCCGGUCCGGGUCCCGGAGGAGCCAGGGGUUGUGGCAGUAGUGGUGGCGUCAGUGGGCGCAUAAAUCGUGGCUUUCGUGAUAGCUCGGCAGGACCAGCCGCCGGCUCCUCGGGUUAUGAUAGCAGCGACAAUGAGACAACACGCAGUCGAGGACCACCGAAUUUAAGAAAAUACCGUAGUGAAUCGGAUUUUCGUGCCAUUGGUGGAAUACCUUCAUCACGUCCUGAUUCCAGGGCCCAAGGAAUCCCUAUGUCAGCGCUACGACAAGCCAACAGUCGAGCAAGUAUAGCUGUUGGCACCCAUGUAAAUAAUCAUCACCACCAACAUCACAUGCCCAAUGGCAAACAUUAUGGUCAUCGAUCACAUAGUGAAGCAGAUCUUUUGGCAGGUGGCGCUGGCCUAGGUGGUCACGAUGUCUAUGAUUAUGGCGGUGAAUCUAGGGUCUAUGCCACAUCGCGCAAUCGUCAUCAUCAUCUGGAACAUGGGAAUGGUGGUAGUCAUUUGUCAAAUUAUGGUGGUGUUGGAGGCGGUGUAUCACAACGCAAACGCUCCGAAAUCGGUUUGGUCUAUCCCAAUAUACAGGUGCAUUGUUUGGAUGUGAAUCCCUGUUUGAGAGGUGUAUCGCUGCAGGCCAAGGCCGGUGAUCUAUUUGCCAUUAUGGCCACAUCACAAAAGGAGGGAACGGCUUUGACAGAAUGUCUGGCCGGUUUAAAUGAGCGCGUAGGUGGAGAGAUUCUAAUCAAUGGACAACAGAUAAAUCGUCGUGGUUUACGGCAGUUGUGUAGUUAUGUGCCUGCUUUGAGUGUCUCCUCCAUGGAUCCAAGAAUGAGUGUGCAAUGUACAUUGAGUUUUCAUGCUACGUUAAGGGGGCCAAUGGAUCGAAGUGAUUUGAAGGAGAGGAUGGAUGUUCUCAUAGAGGAUCUGGGUUUAACCACAGUACGAGCCUCAAAUGUUUCCUCGCUAACGCAUUCGGAAAAACAACGCUUGAGUGUAGCUUGUCAGCUCUUGGCUCAAUCAUCGAUAUUGUUAUUGGAUCAAGUCACCUCAAAUAUGGAUAUAUUUGAUACCUUCUUUCUGGUGGAGUACCUACGGCAAUGGUGCAGUGGUGGACGUAUAGUCAUAAUGACCUUACAGCCACCCACAUUUGAGAUUUUAUCCAUGUGUUCGGGGGUUCUGCUGCUAUCGGGUGGCAGAACGGUGUUUUCGGGAAGUAGAGCCGAUUUGCCUAGGCAUAUGGGAGAAUUGGGAUAUCCAUGUCCGCCAUUUAAAAAUCCAGCGGAUUAUUAUUUGGAUCUGGUAACCCUUGAUGAUUUAUCUUCAGCUGCUUUGCUUGAGUCCUCAGCGCGCAUUGAGUCCCUGGCCAAUUCCUGGGAUCACAUGAACUCUGAGCCGCCUCUAGCUGCUCCGCCUGCUGCGUUGCCUAAUUUUGUACGAAAAGCAGGUUUUUUCGGUCAAUUUAAGGCCUUAGUCAAACGUUUUGCUGCCUAUAAACAGCCAGGAUCCCUAUUGACCUGGAUUAGCAAACUCAUAUCGGCUGCUGUUCUGUCGUUAUGUAUAGGCUGCAUAUUUUGGGAUGUACCCGCCUCAGAUCCACAAUUGACAUACAAUGAUCGUUUGGGCUAUCAUCAUUGUGUCAUGGCCCUAAUGUAUUGGCCACUAUUGAUGUUGACUGUGAGGGAUACACAAGAAGAUAGAAGGCAUGCCGAAAGGGAUAUACGUUUGGGAUUAUACUCCAGAUCUUUGUAUAUAAUAGUGCAGAAUCUCUCCGGCCUAUUUCCCAGUCUAUGCAUUUGGUUGGCCUAUCUUCUACCGGCCCAUAGCAUGGCUGGUUUGUAUACCUAUACCACUAGUAGUGAUACUGGUAUAUAUUUGUAUAUGGGUUAUAUGCUGUUGUAUUUGACCUUUAUACAAACAAUGGCAAUAUUCUGCGCUCAUCUUAUGCCCAGCAAAGUAUCAGCGACCAUAUUCAAUGUCUUGAUAACUCUGGGCCUCACUGCUGUAGGCGGAUAUUCAGUACAUCCCAAGAAUGUCUCCAAAAUAUGGUCUUGGUCAGAGCUGAUAUCACCGGAGAAGUGGCUUUUGCCUGUCUUAGUGCAAGAUGAGUAUAGUGCCGAAACUUUAGCUAACUCGGCAGGGUUACAAUUAUGCCGUAACAAGCAGGUGCAACACCAAGAGAUUAUAGUGCAACAACCCUGUCCGCCACCGAAUGGUACCCAAGUGCUAGUCGAUUUUCAAUUGCUGCCACAAGAUCAUAAACUCGAUCCAACAUUUACCUACGAUCAGACAACAUCAUUGGCUCUGGCCCUAACAUCGAUUAUCAUCUUUUUCGUAACGUUUUUCGUAUUCGUUUGCAAUUGCCGCCAAAUGUUUUGCAAAAAACAAAAAAAGACUUACCGAGAUCGACUUUGAAAAAAGCCCAGGCAGGACAAUGAUGUCGCAAUACAUAGAAGAUUAUGAAUCCGUAUCAAAAAAAAAGUAAUAAUAAAUUAGAAUACAACACUGUUGUCGUCGUUAAGUGCUGCAAUAAUUUUAAAAUUUAAUUUUAAAAAAACCCCCAACUAUUUAAUUUGUUUAGUUCUUAGGUUUUGUAACGACUUCCAUAGUUUUAAUUAACCCAAUUUAGUUGUUUAACAUACAUAAAUAAUUCUAAAAUAAAACUAAACAAAUUAGACGCACAUUUUGAUAUUGCAUUUAAUUCCUUAUUUUUUAAUGAAAUACAAAGAAAAAUCUAAAAAAAUGCCUAUAUGAAAUUUGGAUUGUUUCUUCUAAUUUUUCUUAUAUGAAAGUACACAAUUGUUGCAAUUAUUAAUUUAAAUAUAUAUACAUACGUAUUUAUAUAUUAAGAGAAUUUUAUAUCGUAUCCAGCGAGAAUGUAGAUGAUGAUGUAGAAAUUGAUUUUGCUAAGUUAUUGAAAAUGUAUACCUAAAUGCAUACAAAUUAACUAACUAACCUAAUGUAAGGCAUAACUUUAUUGUAAAAUAAAACAUAUACGAACAAAAACUUAAAAGCUC